AAAAGGGCGGAAGUUGGUCCGUUGGACGACGGGAGACGUUGACGCUGUGUACUUUUGCUCGCUAAGAGAAAACAGCCCACUGUCGAGCGAUUUGGAAGGAGUGUAACUAACUGUAAUAUUUAAAUAUUAUUAUCAACAUCAACAAAAGCGAGAUGGCAUCGGCCCUGGCGCAACCUUGUCGAGCGAGAGAGGAGACCGAGCGACGACAUCUGGACGCUGUUUGCAACACUCAUACAGAGCUACACAUCGGUGGUGUGCUCUCUGUCGACGCGAGAUCCAACACGCACAAAAUUGACGUGCAGCAACCAGCUUUUCGCCAAGAAGAAGUUGCACUUCAGCCGCAGUGGAGGAUGUCCUGUUUGGAGCGGAAGCGUCCACAGCCAUCCCACAGUAAAGAGGAAGAGGAGGAGCCACCGGCCCCCUACGUUAAAGAGGAAGAGGAGGAGGUUGAUAUCAGCGAGUUGCCACUGACUAUCGUCGUUGUGAAAAGUGAAGAUGAUGACGACGAAGCAUCCGAAUGUUCUCAGCUUUAUCAUCACAGUAUAAGUGAACCCCACUACCGAGGACUACAAGCUGACAACCUCUUAGCUCCACUGUCACAUAACGAAGACACCGAAGUGUCUUUGAGGAGCGAAGUAGACUAUGAAGGUGACAAGAAAGGCUUGAAAUAUUCCGAAACGCAAACAACUCUUGACAAGAAAACUGCUCAAACAUUCAGGAGACGUCUCACACGCAAAGAACAUUUUAGGUGCUCCGUUUGUAGUAAAACAUUUCCAUAUGAGAGCACUUUGAAUGAACACAUGCAGACACACACAGGCGAAAAACCCUUUACCUGCUCGGUUUGUGGUGAAAGUUUUGCUCGAAAAGGAAAUAUGAAUGUACACAUGAGAAAACACACAGGCGAAAACCCUUUUAGUUGCACAGUGUGUGGUAAUACGUUCGCUCGCAAGGUCAAUCUGAUCGCGCACACGGCAACGCACACAGGAGAAAAACCUUUCACAUGCUCAGUUUGUGGUGAAAAGUUUUCUUAUGAGUACAAUGUGAAUGCACACAUGAAAACACACACAGGAGAAAAGCCUUUUAUUUGUUCAGUUUGUGGUAAAAGGUUCCUUAAAAAGUCAGUUAUGGUUAAACACAUCAGAACACACACAGGAGAAAAACCGUAUAGUUGCUCAGUUUGCGGUGAAAGUUUUUCUCAUAAACACAGUUUGAAUGUUCAUAUGAGAACACACACAGGAGAAAAACUUUUUAGUUGCUCGGUUUGUGGUAAAAGAUUCACUCACAAGCAAAAUAUGAUCCAACAUAUGAGAACACACACAGGAGAAAAACCUUUCACUUGCUCAGUUUGUGGUGAAAGCUUUUCUUAUAAGCAUGGUUUGAAGUCACACAUGCAGACACACACAGGGAGAAAAACCCUUUAGUUGCUCACUUUGUGGUAAAAGCUUUUCUAAUAAGUAUGAUUUGAACAUACACAUGCGAACACACACAGGUGAAAAACCUUUUAGUUGCUUAAUGUGUUGUAAAAGAUUCACUGUGAAGCAAAACAUGAUUCGACACAUGAGAACAC